CAACAUGCUCUUUGUGUCAUGCUCAAUCUAAGAUGGCGUUGAGGAAAGGGACGAGGUCGUUGGUCUUCAUAUCUAUCUUCUUGAUCUACUUCCUAACAGGAAUCAAUUUUCAAGUCUACUGCAAAGGAGCACAAUCUCCAAAAAGCGCAGAUUCUGGUAAAAGUGAUGAUUUCUCUGAAUUCGACCAAGAAGAUGAAAACGAUGCAGUUGAAGACGACUCCGAUUUCGGAUAUGUAACAACUCCUGAUCAAGAACAAGGCAGCAGCCAAGAUGUUGGUUCAAAGAAUAUAUUUCAUGGAGAAACUGAUGAAACAGAUGACUUGACAGAAAACAAUGAGGAUGAGUUUGAUCCGUACACAGAUGAAGAGGAGUUUGAGGGUUAUGCAAAAGAUGGCAAAGGAGCAAAAAGCAAAAUUCCUGGGCCAGAUCUAAAAAUCACAAAGGUUCCAGUCCACUUUCGAUCAGGAUGGCAGUCAUUUUAUUUUGAGUUGAUUACUGUUACUGGCCUGCUUGUCUAUGCUGCAAAUUUCUUUACUGGCAAGACUAAGAACUCCAAACUGGCAACUUCUUGGUUCAAAGCCCACAAGCCCCUCCUCGAAUCGAAUUUUAGUAUUGUUGGUGACGAUGGAAUGAGUAAAGAGCCACAAAGCGGUGUUCUUGUGAAAGAAAGCGAAAGUGUGUACACCUUGUGGUGUACUGGGAGGCAGUAUUGUGAAGGCAUGCUAGUAGAACUAAAGCUUCUCAAGCGACAUGAUCUCGUGAGCGUCAUGAGUAAUAUGCUGAAGCCAAAAUCUGACUCAGUGCGUGUUACUGUAUACAUGGACGAUGAAGAUAUGGACAGCUUUGUUUUUGCAGUUGCUUUAAAAAAGAAUGCAGUAAAGCUUCUCAAGGAAUACCAAGAUUUGAAUUUCUUUUGUGGCGAGAAGAGGAGCGGUGAAAGGUAUGGGCUGCCAAGUUCCUACACAUGUCUCGCGGAAACACAGGAAAUAGCCCAACAUAUUUUAAAUACGCAAGUUUGCAAAGCUAUUGCCACAUAUGAAGAUAUGUUUGAGAUGAUGCAUUUUUCAGACCAAUAUGUAGGACAGAAAAAAGAGGAAAUUGAAGAAGAGGGUGCAACCAAGCCUAAAAAGCCAAAGAAAGUUCUCAUGUUUGAAUUCAAAGUUUCAGGAAAUGGAAGAACGAGGGUGCAAGAUAUGGCAGCCACUGAGCCGUUGAUGAAGAUGGUCGUACACUGCAUCGACAGAAUCAAAUCGUUUAAACUAGGCAAGGAGACAAGAGCCAAAGUCGACAAGAAAAGAAGAGAAGCAGAAGAAUCAUUUCUAAAAUUGUCCCAUGGUCAAAGACAAGAGGCCGCAAUGACCCGAAGAGAAGAAAAACUUCGCGCUGAGAAGGAAAAAAUGAUGUCCGAAGAGGACCCGGAUAGGCAACGUCGUUUGGAGGAAAAGGUCAUGAAGAGUGACAUGAAGAAGAGGGGACCGAAAAUGAAGCAGUUGAAAGUCAGGAUGUGAAAUACAAGAUGUGAAAUACAAGAUGUGAAAUACAAGAUCUGAAAGCCAGGACCAGCUUUUGAAUCAAAUGACGUAUAUAAAAUUUCUAACUGAUACACGAAUGAAAACAGGUUGAAUGCGUUGUGUCAAAAUUCAUUGCCCUAGAAAGCUAUAUAAUUGCACUGUUA